CGCCUCGGGCCGGAGGAUGCCCAAGAAGCUGCUGCUGCUGGCCCCGCUGUCCGCGUGCUCGGCUCUCCGCGUCCCGCGGGCUCGCCCCGCCGCCCCGCCGGCCAUGAACGCCGCCCGCACCGGCUACCGAGUCUUCUCGGCCAACUCCACGGCCGCCUGCACCGAGCUAGCCAAGCGCAUCACCGAGCGUCUUGGUGCUGAAUUGGGGAAAUCUGUUGUAUACCAGGAGACCAAUGGAGAAACAAGAGUUGAAAUCAAAGAGUCUGUUCGUGGCCAAGAUAUUUUCAUUAUACAGACAAUACCCAGAGAUGUGAACACAGCCGUGAUGGAGUUACUGAUCAUGGCCUACGCACUGAAGACGGCCUGUGCCAGGAACAUCAUCGGUGUCAUCCCCUACUUCCCCUACAGCAAGCAGAGCAAGAUGAGGAAGAGAGGCUCCAUCGUGUGCAAGCUCCUGGCCUCCAUGCUGGCGAAGGCCGGUUUAACUCACAUUAUCACUAUGGAUCUCCACCAAAAGGAAAUACAAGGCUUUUUCAGCUUUCCUGUGGACAACCUUAGAGCCUCACCUUUCCUGCUUCAGUAUAUCCAGGAAGAAAUUCCAAAUUACAGAAAUGCAGUCAUUGUAGCUAAGUCUCCUGAUGCUGCAAAAAGGGCUCAGUCCUAUGCCGAGAGGCUGCGCCUGGGGCUGGCUGUGAUCCACGGAGAAGCUCAGUGCACAGAGCUGGACAUGGAUGACGGUCGACACUCGCCCCCCAUGGUCAAGAACGCUACUGUGCACCCGGGCCUGGAGUUACCCUUGAUGAUGGCCAAAGAGAAGCCACCUAUAACAGUGGUCGGAGACGUCGGAGGACGCAUUGCAAUCAUAGUGGAUGACAUUAUUGAUGAUGUGGAGAGUUUCGUAGCUGCUGCAGAGAUCCUGAAAGAGAGGGGUGCUUAUAAGAUCUAUGUCAUGGCCACACACGGCAUCCUGUCUGCCGAAGCCCCUCGUCUGAUUGAGGAGUCUUCCAUUGAUGAGGUGGUGGUGACGAACACUGUCCCGCACGAGCUCCAGAAACUGCAGUGUCCCAAGAUAAAGACUGUGGACAUCAGCUUGAUUCUUUCUGAGGCAAUUCGGAGAAUCCACAAUGGCGAGUCCAUGGCUUACCUCUUCCGGAACAUCACAGUGGAUGACUAACUUGGAGCUGCCUUGACCCUGGACCCUCCACAUCAGUGUGUCGCCUGGAAGUAGGCUGUAGUUAGGAAGUCUCUACAAGGCUGUGAGGAGGAGGCUCUAAGAUAGGCAAGAGGGCAGAGCUGGUGGACAAAUGACAGACGCGGCCUUCGCUGUCUGCCAUCAUCAACCCUGUCCUUUAAUCCUGAGCAGACAGUGGAGGAGAAACCAAAGGCAGAGUCUCCAUGGCUUGUUUUGCUCAACAGUAUCUGCUCUGGGGAAGGCAAGUGGGGUGUUGAACUUGGUCAGGGAGCCGAGUGCCCUCUCCCCGGACAGGGUUCUAAUAAGUCUUCUAGAGAAUCCCUUUCCUUUCAGAAACCCCGGUGCCUACGCCAUUGAACAGCGAAGUGUCUGCCUGCUCUCACUGAGCUAGUCAGAGUAGCGCGUCCCUCAGCAACUGUCUUCCUCGGAAGUUGCAAAUAAAAGCUUCUUGUCUCUCUGG